AGUACGGCCGGGCGUUCGGUUGCUGAGCAGCGCACGCAGAUUGGCGGCUGGGUGGCUGGGCGCGUGCCUGGGACCGUGGUAGGAGUGGGGCUCGCGGAGUGAGCCGCUCGAAGGCGGGAGGUUGUCGGUGGGUGUGUGCAGAAGCGUGGAGGCGCCGUCGCGAGGUUUCCUAAGGAAUGUGAGAAGCCCAGAUUUUCCCGCGAGCUCUCCCCGGCGCCCGGCUCUCUUUCACUCGUCUGCGGCCGCCGUUUUGUCUCCCGCAGAGGUUCUCCCCCACCCCCGGCCUCCCCUGUCGGGCCCCGCGUGAUGUCGUGAUCUCCAGGCGGACGUGCGACCAGGGAGGCGGCGCUCAGGUGGCGGCGGCUGCUGCUGCCGCUGCAGCCGCCGAUGGGGCUGCUCCGGAUUAUGUUGCCGCCUAAAUUGCAGCUUUUGGCGGUGAUGGCGUUCGGGGUGUCCGUCCUUUUCCUGGAGAACCAGAUCCAGAAACUGGAGGAAUCCCGUGGGAAGCUUGAGAGGGCUAUUGCAAAACACGAAGUUCGGGAAAUAGAGCAGCGCCAUACAAUAGAUGGCUCUCGAUCAGAUGUAGUCCCAGAUGAAGACGAUGAUGUGGUGAUCAUUUAUAAUCGGGUACCUAAAACUGCAAGUACAUCUUUCACGAACAUUGCAUAUGAUCUUUGUGCGCGGAACAAGUAUCAUGUUCUUCAUAUCAACACAACCAAAAACAAUCCUGUUAUGUCUCUACAAGAUCAGGUACGUUUUGUGAAGAAUGUGACUUCGUGGAAAGAGAUGAAACCAGGAUUUUAUCAUGGACAUAUAUCUUUCUUGGAUUUUGCAAAAUUUGGUGUUAAAAAGAAACCAAUAUACAUCAAUGUCAUAAGAGAUCCUAUAGAACGGCUGGUUUCUUAUUAUUACUUCCUGCGCUUUGGUGAUGAUUACAGGCCUGGACUCCGAAGGCGAAAGCAAGGGGAUAAAAAAACCUUUGACGAAUGCGUAGCAGCUGGAGGCUCAGAUUGUGCUCCUGAGAAACUCUGGCUUCAAAUACCAUUUUUCUGUGGCCAUAGCUCUGAAUGCUGGAAUGUGGGAAGCAGAUGGGCUUUGGAACAAGCCAAAUACAACUUGAUUAAUGAAUAUUUCCUAGUGGGAGUUACUGAAGAGCUUGAAGACUUCAUUAUGUUGCUGGAGGCAGCUUUGCCUCGCUUCUUCAGGGGUGCUACAGAAUUAUAUAGAACAGGUAAGAAGUCUCACCUUAGGAAGACAACGGAGAAAAAGCUCCCCACAAAAGAAACCAUUGCAAAGCUGCAGCAGUCUGAAAUCUGGAAAAUGGAGAACGAGUUCUAUGAAUUUGCACUUGAGCAAUUUCAGUUUGUCAGAGCACAUGCAGUUCGAGAAAAAGAUGGAGAGCUAUAUAUUCUGGCACAAAACUUUUUUUAUGAAAAGAUCUACCCAAAAUCGAACUAAAUACAAUGCAUAUUUUUAGGUUAAGAAAACAAACCUUGUGGUCACAUCCUUAUUCUCAGCACCAAUUGGUAGAUGAUUGAUAAAUCAACUGAAGCGCUUUGAUCUUGAGCUCAGUAGAGUGCACUGUGGGUUGCUUGAAGAAGAUAGCUGAGGACUAGAGACCUUGAUCAUCUCUAUGUUUAAGCUUCAGUUUCUUUAAUAUUCUGAAAGAAGGUUACAACCUAACCUAAAGAAACUUGCACAGAAAUUUACAGAAAUUAACCACAUACCAGUUGUAGCUGAAGUUUAGGGGAAAGGCUUCCUUUUAUUGUCUUCUUGAUUCAUAGAACAGCUUAUUUUACUUAACGUGGUGCAGAGAGGAAGCUGUUGGUGUCAACAUGGGUUGUAUACACUUAUGAAUAAUAUUAAUAACUGGCUGACAUUUGUGCUUCGUUCUUGUGAAUUCAUAUCACAUGACAUUCAUUGGAAUGUUCACCUUCUGCUAAGAAAUGAUGCAGCUGGACAUGACCAUAUUUAUAAAUAUGGAUUUUCAUUUUAAGAAGUUAGAACUGGUCAUCAGUGUGUUCUUUUAAAAAAUCAAAUCCUGUAGUAAUAUUGUGAAAAGGCUGAAAAUCACUCAGUGUUUCUUUAAUAUCUUUUGAACCUCCAACCUACGUUGGAAAAACUGUUAAGAAGUUAGCUUUUGCCUACACUUCAAUGUAAAACAGAUAAUGGAUUCUGUAUCAAUGUUCCAUGGAUUCUUUGUAAUUUUUAACAACUACUGGCAAAUCCAUUUUCUGACUCAAAUAGUGAGCUGUGGUAUGGUUAGGGUUUUCCUAUUUAGAUACUUUUACCAGUAGAAUAUUUUUACUAAGGUGCUUUACAAUGUGUUUUAAAGCAUUGCAUUUGCAGAAGGAGAAAACAGCUGUAAAUAAUGCAUAUUUUAUGUAUUCGGACCAAAAGGUUAGAAGUAAAUUGUUUAAAGUGUCUUUGCACCAGUUUUGUUGGAUGUAAAGUAAAAGAAUCCCAUUUGCUGUUCAAGUCCCCACUUUGAGUUAACAGUUGGACAUCACUGAAACAUACUUCAGUGAUCAUAACAAAUUUAAAUAUACCAUGUGUCUGUCCAGGAUCUCCUUUUUCAGAAAACAACUUAAUCUUCAUCCUUUUAUCAUGAUUAAAAGGAAAAGGAAAACUGAAGCAUGUGGCCUGGCCAGGAGAGAUAUGAAGAAAUUGAUGUCAGUGUAUUCAUUGAACUGCCUUAUGUUACUUAGUAAACUUGCAUUUGCCACAGUUAGCACCUUACAACAUAAAUGAGAUUGUUUCGCAGUUAGUUACAUUCUGAAAUGCUAUAUUUUAAACAAAAUUCAAGAACAUUUGCCAUUCUUAAAAUUCCCUGUUGGUGCACAAUUCUACUUGAUUUUUUAAAACAAUAGCAUUAAGGUAUGAAGAUUUUUAAAAGAAUCAGUUAAAAAUCAACCUUUGAAUUUUACAUUCAGUAGAGUGCUAAACGUGCAGAUGUAUGGAGAGGAAAACUUUAUCAAAAGUGUGUAUCUGUUAUACAAAUGAAAGAAGUUCUAUCUAUAAUUGAAUGUUUUAAUGCCAAAAACAUGAUGCUAUUAUAAUAAGGUAAUGAGACUGUUAAGUAAAGCUUUUACUUUUAUGUAUAUUUUACUUUGACUACUUCUUAGAGAGAUUUUAGAAUGGCGCUGCUUUCCUAUGCAGUGUGCUUUUGUUUAGAUGACAAACACUGAUUAUGUCACUUUACUAUAUUACCAUGAGCCUGACUGUUUUAUAGCCAUUUAAGUCCAGCAGAAUUAGUUAUGGGAAAACGCAGUAAUUCCUAUUAGAGUACUUGGCUACUUAAAAUAUAGUAAGCUUAUGAACCUUAGGUGUUGAUGUUCAGAGCACAACAAAAAUCUUGAUUGUCCAGGCUAAUGGUUAUAUAGUUUGCCUGUUGAUUUCAUUCUUGUGUGUUAGGAAGAGAAUUUAACGUUGUGCUUCAGAACAAGGGGUCGUCCAGCGUAAUGUGAGCUAGCGCCACCAUGUAGAUAUGUGACUGUGCAAAUUAUUUCCAAAAAAGCAGUAUGGAUCCUUCAUCCUAGUACCAUGGUGCAGACUACAUGGGAUAUCAGUCCUUGCAAAUUCUCCACUAUGUGGAUGUAUGUUAAAGGAAAGAGUGUGUGUCUAUUAAUUGGACAUGAGCUGCUUUGCCUUUAGGUCUAUCUUCAUUAGUUCAGGUUUAUUUUAGAUACUCAGGCUACAAUGAUGUCUACAGUUACCUGGGAUUAAGCCCUACUGAGCACAGUGGGACUUAUUCCUGAGUAAAUGCAUAUGAUUGUGCUGGCAAUAUUGUAAAGUAGACAGCAAGUGGGUAAAAGAGUAGGAAGGCCCUUUUGUUAUUUCCUAAAUGCUCAUUUUAAACACAAACUAUGGCAGCUGUAUAUGUUUUAGCCUAGUUACUGUAAAUCGUAAAUGAGUUAUAUUUGGCUUCAUGAGACAUCAUCAGAUACUACUCCAUUUAGAGAAAAUAAUUUUCCUCAUGAUAAUUUAGGCCCGAUAAGCUGUAUGAAAAGUUAGAGAAUUGUAGAAAGAGGUUACUGCAAUAUUAAGAUAUUGGCAAAAAAUUAAAAUAUGUAUGAUUGCAUUUAAAAUGAAACACAAUAUUUUGAGACCAACAACACCGCUAUUGCAUACUCUUAAAUCAUCUGUAUUUUAUUCUCUAAUGUUCUUUGCAUGAUGCGGUUGUAAAUUACUUUUAAAGAAAGCACUGAAUAAAGGUCUUAAUGUUUACAAAGUAAAAUACAGGCAUCUAAACAUUUGACGUAAACUUGCAAAUUACAAACAAUAUUUGAAACAGGACAUGAUAGCCUACACAUUUCAACAGUAUUGAAAGUUUUAAAAAGGAAUUAUUUAUCUUCCUAGGGAGGGCUGUUUGGUUUUCUGUUUGACUAUGAUUUUACUUUGCAAGUACAAGCAUGGUUUAAAAGGCCAAUUUCUACUCCUUCUUUAGAAAGAAUCUUUGAAGCAGUUCUGUUUGAAUCUUAGUCAAAGGGAGGGUGGUCAGGGCUUUGAUCUCUAAAGAACUACAUUAUUUCUUGUUAGUUAAUAGUUAACAUUCUCUGAUUUUUGCUACAAUAAUUGACUUAUGUGUUGCUUAAAUACUUUCCUUUUAAUCACCAGCUUUUCUGGAUAUUCCAUUUAGAACUCCACCGAAACUUUAGCUGAGCUUUUUGUGGGGGAGAGGUUCAUUUGAUGAAGUGUGUAACAAGGACAAAUAAGAGACUCUAGGUUGGGGUGGGGGGUUUGCAGGGCAGUAUUGUUUAGCGUGGCUGAGGAGGUCUCCUUACUUUUUAGUCUUAAACUUGCAUGCAGUUGUAAACACUGGCAUAGAGCAACAAAAGGCUGUGUUGAACCCAGGCUUGAUCUGCAAUCUCUUUCUGGAAUGUCUAGAGGAUUAUAGCCAUAUUCAAGAAUUUUAGAAAUAUAACUAUGGAAGAUCUAUAGGAACAUGAUUCCAGCUGACUUCUACAUUCUCUUAUUAAUGUGGAAGUGAGACUGUCUUACUGAAUGAAGUUUGUUUUCAGAUCUUCCCUAUAAAGAUCAGGAAAUCCAGAGUAGAAAUUGGUAUGGACAUCUCCAGACUGUAUCUGUGACUGUCAUUUUUAAAAAGCCUCAAUAGGACUUACGCUAUAACGUGAUCUAGUAUAGUUUUAAGGUGUUCCAGGAAGGGCUGCUAACGGUAGAAUGGCUGUUGUUACACAAAAUAAACACCCUAAAACUUACAUAAGUUUUCUCACUCUUCCCUGGGAAACCACAGAAUGGACUUGUAAAAGUAAGAAACAGUUUUGGUCUUACAAUUACUCUUAAGUACACCUUGAAAUAAUUACAAGUAUGAAUUUUACAUUUUUUCUUCUUUGCAACACAUAGAUGAUAAUUUGCAUUCCAGGCAAAAUAUAAGUAGCUACUCUGGUUGCAUGUAGGAUUGAUUCAGAUACAUCACCAACUGUCUGGUAUCCCAAACAUAUAGGAGCAAAUCAUGAUUAGUAUGAUCUCCCUCUUUUCCCGCCUCUCCUAAUAAUUUCUGGGUAAAUUCUAAACUGGUUUUGAAGGGUAGAACAGCCAACACAAACUGGGGCUUUUGUUACCUCUGAAUUAAUACUACAUGGUCUACUAUAAGUGGAUUGUCAAGACACCCACAAACCAUGGUUUAUAGUUGCUUACAAACUAUGGUACUUUAAUAUUGGAUGAGGGAUUAUGAUGAACAUAGUUUCUUGUUACAUCUGAAUUUUAUUAGGGUCUGUGAGUUCUUCAAUCUUUUAAGUAUUGGGUCCCCUGAAAAAAAAUAUUUGUGGUUAGGAGUCGUUUGUGGUGGCACUCUAUAAAGAAGAUCAUUGAACAAUCUCUUCUAUCUGUGAGUAGAAGCAUUUUUCCUUCAUACUGAACAUGUGGGUUCAGGAUGGGUCUUUCCUGUUGCUUCUCAGUUGAAAACUACAAAUGUACUUUUCUGAAAGUUGUUUAAAACAUUUUGAAUUUGAAAAUAAAAUGGUGGGGAUAGAGUAGAGGAAACUGUCAAAACAAAAUUGAUAAUCAAAGACUGUCAAAUAGUAGCUAAACAGAGAUUUCUUUUUUUAAUAUUCCAGACUCAGUAGUAUAUACUGAACUGUUACAACUGACUUUCCCUUCUACAUUUCAGCAAGCAGGGAUAACUUGUUCAUUGGUUUUUUAAGACUGUAAAUCUCAAGUUUGUAUUAAAUAUUGAAGAACAUAUAUUCUUUAAAAGUGCAGCCCAUAGUACAGAUGAUUAUUAGUCUGGAAUAUUAAAUUCCUUAAAAUAUUUUAAUGCAUGCAUUUAAAGAAUUUGAUUAGUAGGAACACUUGAAUGAAGUUAAAAGAAUUGCUUUAUAAAUCUUUAGGCAGUGGGAGGUGGGUAGUGAUAUUCGGAUUAUUUAUAUAUUUUGUAAAUCCAAAUAUAUGAAAUGUGUAUAUCGUAAUGUUUCAGAUAUAGUAGUAUUCCCCAGAUCCAGUGAAUUAUUACUUACCCGAAAGCACCGUGCCCACUGGAGAUGGAGGUAGUAUUCACACGAGCAGGGGAUGGGGUGGUUAUGCGCAUGAAUUGCUGCCCUUACUGAAAUGAACGAGAAGCGUACACAUAAAUAGGCAAGGCGUCUGACUCUGGAAUUAAAACACAGUUGUGGAAAGUACAUUGUUGCAUAGACCUGUUUCACAGGUUAAAAUAGCCUCGUGCCGAGCCAUUGCUGUACAUGCCCAAAUUUGAACACACACCUGCCUUUCAACAUGAUAAUUUAGAAUACGUUUUUUGAAAUCACAUGCCUUGGAGAACAAAACAGCACUGAAUAAAAGUUUCAACUGUUACACUUUUUCUCCAAUGUGCACAACUUGAUCCGCAUAAUAAAGUAAGCUUUUAUACUUAUGUCAGAAUUCUAGCAAACAAUGUUUCAAAAUGCACAAUGGGUUUAUGCAUCAAUUUGUUCAAAUACUGUAUAUGCACAGAGUUCUCAAGUGAUUAGAAGGAAGCUAAGCUGUAAUACUGUUUUUGGAGCCUAACGGAUAAGGGAAAGGCGGUCCUUUACAAAUUGAUUGCUUUUUAGAUAUUUUGCAUAUCUAAACAUGAGCAGCUGAUACUUCCCCACCGUGAACCUUACUCCCUGUCUGUGCUCUGUGUACUCUGAAAUAAAACCUUUAUGAUUUCAGUAAGAUUUGCUUUUACGUUAACUUCUCCAGCAUUGCAGCUGAAAGAGGUCUUGGAAAUGUUGUUUUCUAUAUUCAGUGCCUAAUCUGUGCUACCACGAAAACCCAAAAAGCCUCUUCCGUGUGCACUGCCAAUUAGCUCUUAAGAGUGGAGCAUUCUGUGAUCACUCUAGUACAGACUAGAACAAGUGUAAUCAAUGAUCCAUUGCCAAGAUAUACUGUAUACAUAGCCCAUGUAGGUAUGUAACCUUUUGUGGCACCUAUUUAUAAAUGGAAACCCUUGUGAUUUUUAUAUAUUUGGUUUAAAAAAAUCUGUUCAGAUGCUUGGAUUUCUCUCUUACUGAAAUUUUGGUAAGCCAAGCUGUAGUUUCUAUAUUGCAGCAUUUCAGAAGCAUUAUUGAAUGUAAUUUUGAGAAUAUAGAUUGUGACUCAUUAUUUUUUAAGAUACACAUCAAAACUAGUGCCUUUUUCCUCACAGUCUGUGUUAGAAGAUGCUCACUCUUCCUUUUCACAUAUGGAUUCAGUUGUUCAAUACUCUCCCAAAUUUAAAACCAUUUUGUCACAGCUGUUUGAUAGAAUUGCUUUAUUUUUUUCCUUUACUUUGCUGAAAGCUUUCUCUUGUUGAGUGUUUCAGUUGAUUACCUAAUGCAAAUAAUACAUAAAAUAAAACACCCAAUGGGAAUGGGGGAAGACAAGUCUGGUGUCUUUGUUUGAAAUGUGUUUUGUGAACAUUCAGUAGAUGUAUCCUAG